GACCGCCUGAGGCCACCUCCCUCCCCAGCUGCGGGCGCCACCACGGAGCUCACGGCCGAGGACCGCGCGGGCGGGCGAGAGGAAGCAUGCUGGACUUCGCCAUCUUCGCCGUGACGUUCCUGCUGGCGCUGGUGGGAGCGGUGCUGUACCUCUACCCGGCUUCCCGGCAAGCUUCAGGAAUUCCAGGGCUUACUCCAACUGAAGAAAAAGAUGGUAAUCUUCCAGACAUUGUAAACAGUGGAAGUUUGCAUGAGUUCCUGGUUAAUUUGCAUGAAAGAUACGGGCCUGUGGUCUCUUUCUGGUUUGGCAGGCGUCUUGUGGUUAGCUUGGGCACCACUGAUGUACUGAAGCAACAUUUCAACCCCAAUAAGACUUCGGACCCAUUUGAAACCAUGUUGAAGUCAUUAUUAGGGUAUCAGUCUGGCGGAGGGAGUGCGGGUGAGGACCACGUGAGGAGGAAACUGUAUGGAGAUGCCGUGACAGCUUCUCUGCAUAGUAACUUCCCUCUCCUGCUACAGCUUUCAGAAGAAUUGUUAGAUAAAUGGCUGUCCUAUCCAGAGACCCAGCACAUACCUCUGAGCCAGCAUAUGCUCGGUUUUGCUUUGAAGUUUGUCACAAGGAUGGUACUGGGUAGCACCUUUGAAGAUGAACAGGAGGUCAUCCGAUUCCAAAAGAUUCAUGGCACAGUGUGGUCUGAGAUUGGAAAAGGCUUUCUAGAUGGGUCACUCGAUAAAAACACCACUCGGAAAAAACAGUAUCAAGAGGCUCUCAUGCAAUUGGAAUCCACUUUAAAGAAAAUCAUAAAGGAACGAAAAGGAGGGAACUUCAGGCAACACACCUUCAUCGACUCCUUAACACAGGGAAAACUUAAUGAGCAACAGAUCCUAGAGGACUGUGUGGUGUUCUCUCUGGCCAGCUGCAUAAUAACUGCAAGGUUGUGUACCUGGACGAUCCAUUUCCUUACGACGACUGGAGAAGUUCAGAAGAAGCUAUGCAAGGAGAUAGACCAAGUUUUAGGGGAGGGUCCUAUCACUUCAGAGAAAAUUGAGCAGCUCAGUUAUUGUCAGCAAGUACUUUUUGAAACUGUUCGGACUGCUAAACUAACUCCAGUUUCUGCCCGGCUUCAAGACAUUGAAGGAAAAGUCGGCCCAUUUGUUAUUCCUAAGGAGACACUCGUCCUUUAUGCCCUUGGCGUGGUUCUUCAGGACCCCAGCACUUGGCCAUUACCACACAGGUUUGAUCCAGACCGCUUUGCUGACGAGCCAGUGAUGAAAGUGUUUUCUUCUCUUGGCUUCUCAGGCACAUGGGAAUGUCCAGAACUGAGGUUUGCUUACAUGGUGACCGCAGUGCUUGUGAGUGUGUUGCUGAAGAGGCUGCGCCUGCUCGCUGUGGACAGACAAGUUUUUGAAAUGAAGUAUGAACUGGUCACAUCAGCAAGGGAAGAAGCUUGGAUCACUGUCUCCAAAAGACACUAAACGUUUAUGCACUUAAAGUCUGUUAGGUAAAUGAAGGGAAAUGCCCAGUUAGAGUAUGUGCUGAGACCUUUUAUAAACCCAGUAUCAUUUUGUAAUGUAAAACCUGCUAGUGCUUCAUGAUGUAAAUUUGUUUUUUGGUUUUUUUGUUUUGUUUUGUUUUGUUUUUUGUUUUUCGAGACAGGGUUUCUCUGUGUAGCCCUGGCUGUCCUGGAACUCACUUUGUAGACCAGGCUGGCCUCGAACUCAGAAAUCCGCCUGCCUCUGCCUCCCGAGUGCUGGGAUUAAAGGCGUGCGCCACCACGCCUGGCUAAAUUUGGGUUUUUAUAUGUCAAAAUUUCUUACUGUAUGACAUAUGUUUAUACUUAUAAUGACAACUUUAACAGGAAAGUUUAAUUUUCUUUUAAUUUGCAUCAUUCUCUAAAACCAUUAUUUUUAAAUUUUUAUUAUCAUUUGUGGGGCAGUGGGUUUUGAGACAGGGUUUUUUCUGUGUAGCCCUGACUGCUCUGUAACUCACUCUGUAGACCAGACUGGCCUCAAACUCAUAGAGAUCCACCUGCCUCUGCCUCCAGAGAGCUAGGAUCAAAGGCCUGCAUCACUACUACCUGGCUAAGCUGUUAUUUUCAAUCUUGAUGUUCAUAAUUUGACCUCUCAAAUGAGUAAUCUUAGAGAGUUCUUUUGUGCAAGUUGGAGAAUCAUGUUUUCUAAAUAUUCAUAAAAGAGAAACAUAAUGUUGCUUCUUUUUGCAUUUCUAAUAAAUCACCUAUCACUCUA